GUGACGACCAACGCUGGGGACGUGCAGACUUUGAAGAGCAGGAGCUUUCUCGUCCGCUUCUUCGCUGGGUUUUGGUCGAACUUCCUGGAGCGCUACAAGCUCUAUGUGAUCGUCUGCUUCGUGCUCUCCACGCUGGUCAGCCUUGUGGGUAUAGCAACCACCUUGAGCGUCGACGGCUCGCCGCCGGUGAUUUUUCCGGAAAGUCACAACCAAAUCCUGGGCCGGAAAAUCUUUGAUCGCUUCGAAACGGCGGUGGCCGUGAGCGCCAGCCCGGCGCAAGAGCAGAGCUACAUCUGCGACAUCGGUGUCCAGCCACUGCGGGCGAGGGCGGACACCAGCGUCGCUUGCGGUACCUUUACUUCCACCGGGUGGUGCACGAGCGAGGACAAGAAGGAUGUGAUGAGCGGCGCAUGCAGCAACACCUGCGGCCUGACAGGCGCUUGUUUCGCCACCUGGUGCCCCGUCGAAGACGCACCGAACGUGACGAAGCAGGAGCCAGGCCGUUGCGACUGCUACCAGGAGACUUCCGCCGAAGUCGGAGUCCGACCUGCACAGGCCCCACCAGGCAUCGUCCGAUUCGAGACGUCCGUGGUGGGAUUUUCUAAGGAGUCGUGGAUGAGCCUCGAGCCACACCUCCGUGGCCUCUACCUGAGCCUAGCAGGCCCUCCAGGCAGUGGCUUCUCCCAGACGAGCAGCUAUCGCCCAGCCCUGGAUGAAG